AUGAUUAAUUUUGCACGUCAGGCAUCACGACAGACUCGUGAAGUACGCUCCACUGUACCAUCGUUAACACGCAUUGAAAAUCCGGAAAUUUACAAUGAUAAUCAGCGAGGCCAUAUUAGAAUUCCCAAUAAUAUUCAAAUUAUUAAUAAUAUUGUACCAAAAUUAAAUUUAGGUUCAAUUUUUACAUUGUAUGAUCCACAAGAUCGUAAAAGAAGUAACAGAUCACAAAAUCAUUGGAACCUAGAUAAAAAUUCACUCACUGAUUUUACAUUUUAUCCACCAGAAGACAUAAUGAACACAGAAUUACCAAAAAGUUUAGAACAGAUAAAUGACGUUCAACAAAUGUUUUUGAAUUACGAUCGAAAUAACGAAGAGCAGACACGUAAACUUGUUGAUUUCAUCGAAAAUCAUGUUUACACAGGUUUACGCGAAUUAUCAACAAACAUUUUUCUUCGACCACAAAAAGUCAAAGAUUACGUUCAUUUAUACUCAUUAUUCUCACGAAACAUUAAGAUUAUUUCAUGUCACAACUUUGUCUGCACACCAAUUUUUUCACAUUAUUUAAUCAAAGAAGGAAUCUGUUCGGAAUUCGAAGCAACCCAACUUUCAUCAUUGUUACCUAAUUCAGCAAACGAACACUACUUAAAUCUCUUUUCAGAGUUCAUUAAAUUUUCGAAUUGUGUAAAUCCAGAUGCGAAAGAUAUUGAAUUUAUUGACUCAUUUAUUGAUGAUAACAUCGACAAAUUUGUUGAACUCACAUCGAAAACGGAUUUUGAUUAUAAUGAAAAACUCUUCAAAAAUCGUCGUCCAAUUUCGUUGAUCAACUUAUCUGCAAUGUAUGGCGCAAUUAAAUGUUUCAAGUAUCUUUUAGUUCAUAAUCCAGACUUGGAAAUAUUUGUAAUUAUGCUGUUGUUGGUGGUAACACAGAAAUCAUCCGUAUUCUUAAACAAACAGGUGUUAAUUUCAAUGAUACAUCAAUUGUUUCAUUAUACUUCCGUCGUGAUGAAUUAUUUGACUGGCUUCGUUCAGAAACAACCGAAGAUAACAACCAAGAAAAUCUAA